AUGGUUAUUUUUGAAUUAUUUAUAGCUGGUUUACAAAAUACGCUUAGAAUUCUCGAUACAAAACUUAACGAAAAUAUCGUUGAUUUACUAUCAGCAACAUCGAUGAAUGAAAUUGAUAAACUUCAAUCUAUUAUCAAUGCUCGUAUAUUGUAUAGUUCAUGCAUUGAUGAAACAGAAAUUGACAUAGGAGGAAUUGAUCCUGUUUUAUCAUUAAUGAAUACAAAAUUUGGUGGUUGGCCUAUUUUACAAGGUUCAUCAUGGAAUAGUUCAAUGUUUAAUCUAACAAAUCUAUUACUUAAACUUCGUCAAUAUAGUUAUAAUAUUAUUUUCCAAAUUCAUAGUGAUAUUGAUGAGAAAAAUUCUUCAGCAACAAAUAUUAAAAUUGGUCAAGGUAGUCUUGGAUUACCACAACGUCAAUAUUAUACAAAUGAAACAAAUAUUAAUAUUGCUUAUCGACAAUUUAUGUUGAAUUUAGCUAAAGCAUUAACAAAUGAUACUUCAAUGAUUGAUCAAGAUGUAAAAGAAAUAUACGAGUUUGAAAAGAAUAUUUCAAAAUAUUAUUGGACUUAUGAUGAACAACACAGUCGACAUGAUGAAACAAUUCGAACAACAAUUUCUAAUCUUUCUCGUACAUUGAAUACCAGUUUUAAUUUUACUGCUUAUGUUCACCAUGCAUAUUUGUUUGGUAAUGUAACUCUAAAGGAUAUGGAUCCUGUAGCAAUAAGUGAAUUAGAUUUUUUGAUACAAACUUCAUCUAUAAUCAAUAAAACGUCACCACGUAUUUUACAAAAUUAUUUUAUAUGGCGUUUUAUGAUGGAUCAAGCUGAAUAUAUGCCAAGAUAUAUUCGUAAAAUAAAAGAACAAUUUAAUAAAAUUUUUUAUGGUACUCAUGUUGAACAAGCAAGGAGAAUAAAAUGUGGUGCUUACGUUAAUGAUAAUAUGGGUUUCGUUGUUUCAAAACUUUAUAUUAAAAAAUAUUUUGAUCAAAAUGCUCGAAAUGAGUCAUUAAAAAUGAUUGAAAAUAUUCUAAAUUCAUUUAUUAAUAUAAUUAAUCAAUCUUUAUGGAUGGAUAAUAUAUCAAAAGUUAAAGCUAUUGAAAAAGCUAAAACCAUUGGUAAACAAAUUGGUUAUCCGGAUUAUUUAGGCAGUAAUAAUAAUACAAAACUUGAAAAUGAUUAUGCUGCAUAUGUUUUCAAUUCAUCUUAUAUUCAUAAUAUUUUCAAAAUACUUCAAAUAAAAGCUAUAGAAAAUUUUCGAUUUCUUCGAAAACCUGUUGAACGAAAAGUAUGGGGAAAUCUUCCACCAACUGUUAUUAAUGCAUUUUAUGAACCAUCUCAAAAUCAAAUUACUUUUCCAGCUGGUAUUUUUCAAAUGCCAUUCUUUGAUAAAGAUGCUCCAAAGUAA